AUGCAGGAUGUUGUGGACAAAGAAGCCCACAACCACUGCGCAAGCGAUGCCGAAGACGACGCCGCCACCUUCUACGACGCUCUAGACAGCCUCGAGGUGUCCGAGACCGCCACGGCUGGCGCUCGCCCGCAUCAACCGCAGCCAGCAGCCUCGAGCUCGACGACAAAGGCCUCGCCUUGGAAGAAGGCAUGGGCGCCACCACGACAAGUGUCCUGGCCGAAUGCGUCAGCCGCCAGCCCAGCAGCGACCGCCCCUUCGCCCUCGGACUUCCCUUCGCUAGCAUCGGCGUCCGCUGAAUCGUCCACGAGGAAGCGAAACCAGGCCUCUCCGUGGUCGCAGUACGCCAGCUCGUCCAGACAACCCUUCAAUCCGUAUCCGUCGCGACGGCAGGAGCUCGUACGGCGCACCCGCGAAAGCUCCAGCAGGGACGCCAACGGCAGGUCUACGCCGCCAAAGAAGCGCCACGUCGGUCCCAGCGGCGUCCAGACACUGGCCGCCCUGCUCGAUCAGUAUGCCCGCGAAGCCGAAGACGACUAUCUCGGCGACGGCGACGGGGAUGCAGACGGCCCCGUAUCCGCCAGGGGGGCAAGUAUGGCUUCUCUCAUCUUUCGCGACCUGACUACCGGCUCCGGUCGGUCGCGCAACGGCCGCUCUGCCUCGAGCUUUGGUACCGCCGGCUUGAUGGCUUUCGGCGCCGGCAGCUUCGGGGGAGAGCCGCUCAAGGUGCUCGACAACAUGGACCACGAGCUCGGGGCCGCGCACAUGGGUCCGCGCAUCUAUGCAAGGAACCCGAAGGCGCCGGAAAAGGUUCGCAGCGAGGCGGGUCGCUGGAAGGGCAAGGCCCAGCGGCUCGACCCCGCCAAGCAAGCGGCCCUCGAUCCUGCCGCCGUUGUCGCUGGAGCGUCGCCGCCGGCAGGGACCGGCGAGGACAACGAAGGGCACGGAAAGGGUAUCACGGACGUCGGAGCGAUACGCAACGCUCGGCGCACCCUCGACGGACUCCUGCGUGACCAUAGGGAGUCCGACGAUUUGAUCACAGCAUCGCAGCUUAACGAUCUGCAAGCUGCCAUCGACACGCUCGAGUCCAUCAUUUCCAUCUCACAGGAUGCUACUUCCAUCGGCGACGAAACGGUGUCUGCGUUGGCAGUGCUGCUGCGAUUCAGGCCUGCUAGGCUCAUGCAGGCGCAUCCUAACGGCUCUCGAGCGGCAGAAGGCGUGCUCAGGCAGACACUCGCUCUGUUCACGGCUUCUCCCGACGGGAGAGCCCUGCUGGGCCGCACGCUCGCCGCUUCCGCCUCGUCGUCUCUCGAGGGAGACGCUGGUAUGCUCGAAAUACUCGUGAGCGAUCUGGUUGGCAUCUGCGGCCGACGCCUCUCGAACCCGGCCGCCGAAAUUGCAGACGUGGCAUCGAGCUCCAAUCUCGCCAGCGUCCGGGUGGACCCAACGCUUCUCGAGUGCUGCGCUUUCCUUCGACUGCUUUGGCAGCACAACGCCGGCGUGCGCGCGCACGGAGAGGCGGGACUGUCGGUCGAUCACUUCUAUUGCCUCAUGCUGGACACCCUGCCCUUCCUCGAGGAUUUCGUCGCCUUCGCGCAUCGUCCGGAGCCGGAUCGAGAGCGCUUCAACGCAUGUCACGAUCCCUUCCUCCUCAGCCUCGGCGCCAAAGCCCGUAUCCUUCAGUUCGAGAAUGGUAUGCGGGCAAGCAUCGCUGCGAGGGGCACCUCUGGUCAGCGCCCAGCCGUCAUACUCAGGACCGCAAAUGGUCGAGCCAGCCUCUCGGUGUCCUCACAGCGACUGAGCUUCUCCAUUCAACGCGAGCACGCGUACGCACAGAGCGCAGAGCUGUUUCGCCAUCUCCUUGGGGACGCCGAUAGCAUCGAGGCCACGACUGAAGACAUCACCAGGCCGCUUCGGGUCGAAUUCAUAGGCGAAGACGCUGCCGACGGCGGUGGGCCCACGCGCGAGUGGUUCGCAGCCGUCGCCAAGGACUUCCCACCUGGCCUCAUGGGCGCAAAGCGGUGGUUCUCCCCAUCGACGGACCUUGCCUCGGCCGAGUUCCUCGGUCUGUUCCUCGGCCUAGCGACCUUUCAUAGCGUCAAGUUGGCUCUGCCAUUUCGGCCGCCUGCUUUCGCGUUCAAGAUCGCCGCGGGUGCUGGCCAGAACGAUUCAACGUUGGAUCUACAAGACCUCGCGGAAGCCGACGGGCAGCUAUCGGGCUCCCUUCGACACCUCCUGGGGUGGCAGCCUGCAUCUGUCAACGCUGACGAAUCCGGCGAGCUCGCAGAGGAACAGUUCGAGGCCACGUUCGGUCUCACCUGGAGCCUGGCUACAGCGUCGCAUGACGACCUGAGCGACACCGAGGCCGUCGCAACCGUAGACCUGGUGCCCGGCGGCCGACACCGGACCGUCCGUCUUGCCGAGCGCGAGCGGUACGUGCGCCGGCUGAUCCGCUACCAUCUUGUCGAUGCGGUGCAGCACCAAGUGGAUGCCUUCCGUCGGGGCUGGACGGCGGUGAUGCCCGCUCAUCAACCCAUCACCGCCGCCGACGGCAAACGCCGAGGUCGCGAUGUCAUUGUCCGCGGUGGGUUGGCGCUGAGUCUGCUGCAACCCGAGGAGCUGAGAUCGAUCGUCUGCAGCGAAACCUUGGUACAAGACUUCGCACAAGGCAAGCAGGGCAAGCUCGAUGUCAGAGCGCUCCGGUCGCACACCCAGCACAUCCUCCCACGGAGCGAUUCGGACUCACUGUCUGCCUCUGGCCGUCAGACCAUGGAUGCCAUCGACGACUUUUGGGCGGUCUGGGAGGCGCUCGACGGCGCGGACCAACGCAAGCUGCUCGCCUUCAUCACGGGAUCGCAAGAGCUGCCCGUCGCCGGCGCAAAGGCGUUGGGGUUGCGGAUCCACUUGGUUGAGCUGGACCAUAUCCUCGGUCUCACAGAGGAAGAGUGCGACGGCGGCAGCGAGGGAAAUGCGGCCGCACGACGGACUAACCGCAUGCCCCUGCCGUGGUCGUCAACGUGCACUCUCACCCUCUUCCUCCCCGACUAUCCGGACGUUGAGACGAUGCAGGUCAAGGUGGCAAAGGCCAUCGAGCACUGGAGGGGCUUCGGGCUAAGGUAG